UAUUAUUAUAGUACAGAGUUCAAAUACAUACACAGUGGCGAGGUACUAGGUACGUACAGCUUGUACAGAGGUACUAGGUACGUAUGUCUUGUGCACCUAACCAUUUGUCUGGAAACGGUGGUGUUGAGGAAUGGCUGGAGCUUGAGAGCGAUCCUGGAGUGUUCUCUCUGCUUGUAGAAGACUAUGGUGUGCGUGGUGUCAAAGUUGAGGAGAUCUACGAUCUUUCACAGAAGUUCGACUCCCAAGUUUUGGGAUUUGUGUUUCUCUUUCGCUAUGAGCUGACUGAUAGACGAGCAAGAAAGAAGGCUCGAGAUCUGUCCGAUAUUGCAAGCUACGUAGUGGAUGAUAAUAUUGUCAACGACAUGUUUUAUGCCCACCAGAUUAUCACUAAUUCUUGCGCAACACACGCCCUCCUGAGUGUACUUCUCAAUUGCCGAGAUCUCAAUAUUGGCCCAAACCUAACACGCCUCAAGGAAUUCACAAAGGGCUUGGAUCCAGAGAGCAAAGGAUUUGCGAUUGCCAAUAUGAUGGAACUUGCCCACAUCCACAACAAGCAUGCCCGCCCCCCUCGCACAAUGGUGCCCCCCGUCGGGGGUCGAAAAUCAUCGAUUGUCUCGUCAGCGUACGCUCUUCUCCCCGAUACUUACCACUAUGUGAGCUUUGUUCCGAUUAAUGGUCGGCUGUUUGAACUAGAUGGACUGAAAGAGUUUCCGAUUGAUCAUGGCCCUUGGGGGGAGCUAGAGAAAUGGACCGAUCUCUUUCAACGUACAUUGACACAGCGGUUGGUGGAAUCUCAAGAUUGUCUCUUCAAUCUGCUUGCACUUGUUCCGGAUCCUGUUCCCCAGAUCUCCGAACAUUUGAAGAGGCUUCAUAACGAGCAAACAGAGCUACUGAAGAAUGCAGUGGAAUUAGCUCGGGAGGUCAUCAGUGAACGAGGGGAAAAAGUGCCAGUAGAGGAAAAACCUUUAUUGUGUGAAAAUGAUUUGAAGCAAGAAAUACCAAGUAUGAGUGCUGAUAUAUCAAACACUACUGAUGAAGAGAGGUCAAAGACUGUUAUCAAGCAAGAAGCUGAUGACGAUAAUGGAAUUGCUGAUGUGAAGAAAGAGGACUCUCCCAAUACUACUCCAGAGAAAUUAUCAUCCGAUAAUACCCCAAAAAAUGAUGACGCUAAUUCCGAUCAAGAUACCAAAUCAGAGACAAUAAUGAACACUCACGAAGAACCCAUGAUGGAUUGUACUGAGCCCUCCCAAUCAAGUCAAGUAGCUGCCUUCCUUGGUGACGUCUCUAAAGAUCUACCAGCUGAUGCAAGCGAGUUAGACGCUGUUGCUAACACUCCAUUGGAUUGUGAUGGUUUACCCCUGAACGAGAGACUCCAUAUUGCCGUGGCAAAGGUGGUGAUGAAUUACAAGGAAGCGGAAGGAUAUAAAAUGAAACUAAAAGAUGAAAUUGAGACAAAACAGAGAUUCCGUGUUGAGCACUCGAGGAGAAUUCAUGAUUACGAUGCGUUUGUGUUCGAUUUUGUUAAGUGCAUGGCCCAAAACAAGCAGCUUCCGGAGAGGCUAUUGAGGCGUCCUAUUAUUGCCCCACCCCCCAAGGGAAACGUUGGUGGGAGGCGGAAGAGAAAAAGAGGAGCAGGUAGACCCAGGACUACAUUAUUACUGAACGGAGAUGAAGUUAGUUAGUUAGAAAAGAAAUUGAUUUUGUGGUCUUGUUUUGCAGUUUGCAAGAAUGUGUGCUAAUUACAUUGAUUGAUUAUAAC